AUGUCUUCACCAUCAACCUCCGUUAUCCAGAUUGACGAUGAAAUAAUGGAAGAUGAAGUCGAAAUAAAAAAGAAAUUGGAUUUCAAUGAUGAGGAUCCAAAUAUCGUCGACGCUGUGAUCAUCAUUGAAAAACACAAAUUCCAUGUGUUGAAAGGCAACGCCGCCAGACACUCGGCCGUCCUCUACGAGAAAUUCUUCGGGGAAAAGGACAGCAGAGUGGAUUCUGUGACCAUCGAGGAGUCACCGCAAACCUUCCAAUACUUUUUGGAAGUCAUCCACGGAAUCCCAACUCUCAAUGACAAUAAUGUGGAGAAAAUUCUCGAAAUGGCCAAAAAGUACCAAGCCCCGUUUGCCGUUCAGACGUGUGAAAAGUUUUUGAUCUCGAACGGAAGAAUGACAGACAAGGAGAAGCUACGACUCUCCAUGAAGUACGACCUCACAGAAUUGAAGGAGAAACUAAUCGCCGGGGUGCUCGACUCAAAUGAUCUUUUUCAUCUGGUCCCAAGGAACGUGGAAGGACUUGAUAGGGAGACAAAGAUGCUGUUCUUCAAGAAAGCCAUCAACAUCCACGGAUUCCGAAAAUCCAGAACACCUAGUCCGGAUCGUAUUUUACGAAUCCACCCUAAUUGGUUUCGACCAGGUAACCGAACUACGAUGUCUGAACACCCAGGAAAAAGAAGAAUCAAAACUGAGGCAUCCGAUGAAGAGGAGAUGGUUCCGAAGAAGCUCAGAAAGUUCGACGAGAGCGUCGAGAACGCCUUCGACAUCAUCAUCGUCGUCGAAAAAGUCAAAUUCUACUUGAGCAAAUGCCACCUCGCCCAACACUCCCCAGUCUUCAAAGCUAUGUUCUUUGGCUCGUACGUUGAGGCUGAUAAGAAAGAAGUGGAGCUAAAGGAGAUGUUGGCUCAAGAUUUCCAACUUUUUUUGGAAACAAUCAAUGGGGAAAUGUGUGUCACUGACCAGACAGUCGAGGCAAUCCUAAAGGUAGCCGACAAGUACCAAUCGUCGACGGCACUCAGCAGAUGUGAGAGAUUCCUGCUCAAGAUGUCAACGUUGAAGACCCAGAAGAAGUUCGAGCUCGCAUGUCGGUACAUGUUCGAAGAAGUGAAGCUUCGUGCUGUCGCCUCAAUCACUUCCUCUCAAGAGCUCAGGGCGGUCGUCCCCGAGGACAUCUCGACUCUCGACGAUUCCACGAUGACGCUUCUGUUCAAAAAGACAAUGGAGCUCCUUCCGAGUGACUCCCAGAAUCCUUUUCGGGGUUCUUGUGGAACCAUAUGCGUACAUCAGUCUCAAGGAUAUUAA